GGCGGUGGAGCGCGCGCGGCGGUGGCGUCAGUCCGGGUGCGACCUCCGGCCCGUCCGGCCCUCGCCCGGCGUUCCCCCGUGUCACCGUCAUGGCGGCCUCGCUUCUGCGGGGGCAAGGACGGUCCGGGGCGCUGAAGACUAUGCUCCUAGAAGCACGAGUGUUUCGAGGACUUGCUUCCACGGUUUCUCUUUCUGCAGAAUCAGGGAAGAGUGAAAAGGGACUGCCACCGAAUUCCAAGAGGCAAAGUCCACCAAAAAAUGUAGUGGAACCAAAGGAGAGGGGCAAGCUACUAGCCACCCCAACAGCAGCUGAAUUGUCCAAAAACUUGUCUUCACCCAGUUCUUACCCAUCAGUUGUGAAUCAGGGCGGGAUGGUAGCUAGCCCUCGCCCCAGUCCCGAUGAUAGCAUGCUAUUCACAGAUGAAGGGGUUCCAGAGUUUUUGUCAAGAAAGACUUUGGUAGAGUUUCCUCAGAAAGUUCUGCCUCCAUUCAGAAAACAGGGUUCGGAUUCAGAAGCUCUUCAGGAGAACAGGGGAGGGACAGACGAUUCAUCAUCCUGUUCAUCUAGCUCCUCCGACUCAGAGUCUGAUGAGGAGGGUGGCGCCUCCAAGGUUGAUCCUCAGAUGAUGAGCAAGGGCAAAGGAGGGCUUCCCAAACCGCAGGCCUCCCGUUCCCUUGAAAACAGAGCCUCCAAAAUUGCAACCUCAGCCAAAGAGAAGACCCAGUCACGGCAGGGACAGCCAGACCUCAGCCCUCCAGAGAGACCCCGCCAGGCAAAGAAGAAAGGGCCCACUGUGAAGCCAUUAGAGGACAGAAAAGACACUAAACCAAAAACCAGAACACCCAAGUUACAAGCAGAUAAAGAGUUUAUGAAGCAAAAUGUCAAGGAAAAACAAAUGGAGAAAAUAUUUAGAUCAAGUGAAAAAGAUAAAGGAAGUCAAAUGCCACUUAAAGUUAAACAAGUCUUACCUGACCAUACAAAAUCCGUAUCGUCUACACAGCUGGCUGGCAGCCCGGCGCCCGUGCAGCUGUCUGAAGGAACCAAAGAAAUUAGAGCGGCAGGACAGCUGCACUCACCUCCUGCGACCAGAGAAAGGCAUUUGGAAAAACAGGUAUUGGAACAUGGUGGAGAGGUGGCAUUUCCCCCCGUUGACAAGGAAAGUUCCGGAAAGCUGGUAACAGGAGGAAUCCUGAAGGCUAAAGAGAUUUUGGAAGACCAGGUACCAGGACGACCUCUGAAGCCAGGUCCUGUUCCAAAGGAAGGCGUUUUCGAGGAGAAGACCACAGGGCUGGAGCUUGAGGGAAAAGACGAGAUGGCUGUAGAGUCGGCGCCUCGCCUGGAAGAGCCGGAUGACACACAGGAGCCUGCUCAAGCCGCUGGCCUUGCCGAGCCAUUCGAUAACACCACGUACAGGAACCUCCAGCACCAUGACUACACCCCGUACACCUUCUUAGACCUCAACCUGGACCUGUCCAAGUUCAGGAUGCCUCAGCCCUCUUCAGGACGGGAGUCACCUCGCCACUGAGCGCUCCCUUGAGAGAGUAAACCUUCCAGUGUCUGGGCAGCAGAAAUAAAAUCCGCUCCAGUCAUGAGGCCUGACGUGUAUAAUCGGUGUCCCUUUUACCGUGAAUAGUGAAUUAACAACACUAAUCUGUUUAUUCAGCAUGCAUUUAGAAACAUCUGUACACAAGGAUUUUUCUCCCAUGAUCCAUAACUUCGGAGAAUUGUAGGCAGUUUCCAUCACUGUGAUCCCACUGUGUUGUGUCCCUGGCCAGUUUAACGUUAAUCUGCUUCACCAGCUAGGUGUUGAGAAAUGUAAUGAUAACUUCUAAUUUGGUAGGCCUAGUUCUUGAUAAAGCAAAAUUAGGAGUUUUACUAAUUUUAACUACUGUACUGCAAAGGAAUUAGAACAUUAAAUAUAGCACUUUAUUGUUAGAGAAGGAACAGAGUCCUUCUGUUCACCUGAAUUAAGUUUGAGAUGUAAACUCAGGGAAGUUUUCAGCGGUGGGAUUAGGGAGGUGAAAGUUUCGUAGGGUCCAGUAGAGCAGCUCUGCCCCCAGAUGGCCACCGCAGACUCUGAGCUAUUGUGGCUACACAGGGAUUCUGGGUUGGCUGAGUGACCUUCCGACGCUCAUGGUAACGUCACUCACAUGCCUGGGGGUGUAAGUGGUGUGAACAGGCUCAGGUGUGCGUCGGGCGGUGUGUCUGCACUCGCACCCUGUGGGGACGAAAUAAACCAUCUGGGAGAAAGUUA